CUACCACAGCUGAACUAAGUAACACUUCCUCACUUCUCUACUUUAAAUUUUCUGUUGAAAUCACGGAAGACAUCGAAGUUACAUUUCCGCAAGAUGGUUGCAGUUUCAUCAAUGCCAGUACCCUUGACCCCUGUGUCUUUCAACUGAAUAAAGCAGAGGAAAUGUUUGGAGUGUACUCGUGGGGUUUGAACUCAGGUGACAACGCUCUCUGGAUUGGAGGACCAGCCGUUGACGGAACCAACAAUUUUGAAGGUGGAUAUGCUUUCGUCGAUCUAUCAGUGAUCGGGGACGAAACAAGAAACUUAUCAAAUAAGGCAUGGUUACCAUCUGCGUUACUCGCGCCCAGUGACGCAGAAGGAAGUGUUUGACGUUUCAGUACAGCAUGAAGGGACUUAACGUACUUGGUCUAAGAGUGAUGUUGUACGAUGAUUUUAACCAAAACACUUAUGCAUUGUGGGAAAAAUCGGAUACUACGCAAGGAAGGUGGGAAGAUGGAAAAGCAACCUUUACCUCUGAUCACUUCUAUCGGAUCAUAUUCGAAGCUUUACCUGUAGACCAAGAACUGGACAGGAGAGGAUACGCAGCUGUGGACAGUAUAACACUGACCAACGGACCAUGUCAAGGGGACUGUUCUUUCGAGAAAGAUUUAUGUAGUUUUAAAAACGUUGACAAAGAAGAUGACUUUGACUGGACGCUCGAUAGAGGGAGCACUAGUACGAUUACGGGUCCAAAGAGAGACCACGGGAGUACCAUUACCAGAGGGCGCACUGGUAGUUAUGCUUACAUAGAUUCGUCUUUCCCAAGAAAACCUGGAGACCGAGCCCAACUGUGGAGUACAACAUUGACAGUCCCAAGUGAUUCGGCGGGUUUGUGCUUACAGUUCUGGACAUCCCUCUAUGGAGUUGGUAUCGGCGCCUUGCGUAUUUUCUUAUACGAUGAUUCUACAGGUACCAUAGGAAGCGCCAUCUGGGAACUUACGAGUGGUACUCCAGCUGCAGAUCGGUGGUAUAAAGGAGAAAUCACCUUAUCAAAUCCUUCUCCCUUCAAGGCAGUGUUCGAAGCAGAAAUACUGAGGCCAGAACAGGGGGAUAUUGCUCUUGACGACAUUAUGUUUAUAAAUGGCCCUUGCCCAAGUGUUCCUCGUGAAGCUAGUCAAAAAGGAGACUGUGCUUUCGUAGUUGACUUGUGCGACUGGGUAAAAUAUGACGUCAAGCAUAGACCAGAUAGUGCUGCCCUCUGGCAGCGAACUGUCGGAGACGGAACACCACUUAAACCCUUCGGCCACUCUCCUGUUAUUGAAGAUACUUCUACGUUCA